GGUCCGUCUCCGCACGGAAAGUCUCCGUACCGGAAACCGCGGUGCUUUAGCAGGAGUCCCGGCCGCUGGUUGCCCUAGUGACGGAGUCUGGAGUCGGACUGGCGGCGAGAAAUACAGCAACGGAGACAGCGGCAAGAUUCCAGUCGGUCGGUGGGCAGGCGGACGGAAAGAUAAAAACGGAGGGUUUCUCCCCGCUAGGCGGGUCUUGAUUUGGAUGAGCCGUCAAAGGCUGAAAUAUACCAACGAUGACUCAGAGUGACAGUGUGCCUUGUGAUGCUGUGGGUAGAAGAAUCAUCUAUCGGGAUGAAUACGGGACUGUUCGCUUUGUGGGAACAGUAUCAUCAGCAGCAGGGAUCUGGCUUGGAGUGGAAUGGGACAAUCCUGAACGAGGAAAGCACAAUGGGACGCAUGAGGGAGUGCAGUAUUUCCAGUGCAGUCACCCCACAGGUGGUUCAUUCAUUCGCCCUCAAAAGGCAAACUUCGGAGUGGAUUUUCUCUCGGCAGUGAGGGACCGCUAUGGGCAGGAGGGCAAUCAGGGAAUACAGGACUGCCGGGGCAAUCCUCUUCGCUGGGGCAAGAAACCUAUCGAAUUUUUGGGAAGCCAAGACGUUAAACAAAGGUGGUUUGAUGCGUUGUUGAUUGUUUCGGUCGGUGGAUGUCAAGUGAGCCACGCCAAUGAAGAGGACGAGAUCUCCAAUGUUUGCCCCAAUAUUGUAGAGCUGGACUUGGCCAAGAACUUGCUUCCCUCCUGGGAUAAGGUAGCGCAAAUUACUCGACAGUUAAGGAAACUUGAACAUCUUGAUCUCAGUCAAAACAAGUUGGCGAUUAUUUCCAAUCCAGUCUCUCUGUCUGAUGCGUUUGCCAACCUGAAGGCAUUAGCCAUUCAACACAAUGGACUGACAUGGGCCCAGGUUCUGGAAUGCUCCCAAAUGUGGCCAGUGCUCGAAAGGGCCCACCUGUCAUCUAAUGCUAUAUCUGUGUUAGAAAGGCCUAUUGGUGUUCUACAGUCCUUGACGUUACUGGAUCUCAGCUCCAACCUGCUGGCUGAUGAGAAUCAACUGGUGCACAUUGCUUAUUUGCCAAGGUUGGAGCAGCUCAUUUUGUCAAACACUGGGUUGACCUCAUUGCAUUUUGAUGAUAUUCAACCAGACGGUAAAACAGCAAUGUUUCCAAAAUUGAAAUUCCUAGCAAUUGACAAGAACCGAAUCUCAGAGUUUUCGACCGUGAAUGAGUUAAACAAGUUACAAAGCUUAGAACAGCUGAAGUUUAGUGACUAUGCGAUGGUGGAGCGUGAGAAGAAUGCAAAAACUGUGCGGCAGCUUAUCAUUGCAAAGCUGGGACAUCUAAAUGUAUUAAACAGAACAGAAAUUUCAGCCGAUGAAAGGAAGGGAGCCGAACUAGACUAUCGCAAGAGAUUUGGGAAGGACUGGCUGAAGGCUGGAGGGCACCAGGAUCCUGAGAAAAACAGACCAGAUAAGGAAUUCUGUGCUGAGCAUCCUAGAUAUCAAGAACUUAUUGAGAAGUAUGGAGCUGCUGAACUUUCCGAGAUGGAACAGCAAAAGUUGUUUGCCCUAAAGGAUCAGCUAAUAGCUUUGACCAUUAGGUGCCCGGACAAUCCAGAUCAAAAACAGUUAGAGAAGAAGCUGCCAGACUCCAUGAUCAUUCAGAAAGUGAGGGGGCUGCUUCAUCGACUGCUGAAAAUUCCAGGUGCUGAACUAAAAUUAACGUAUAUCAGCUCAAAGAUGGACAUGGAAAUAGAUAUGGAUAAUGAUCUGAAGCCUCUAUCAUACUACUCGAUAGAGAGUGGAGACUGUAUAUUAGUGAGAUGGUAGCUGCAUGUGACUAACACAUUAUAUAUAAAGGAAAGGAACCAUACUCACCCUUGAGAGAAGAUAUUUUUAAACACUAUCCCAGCACUGUAUUGGAGAUGCAUGUGAUCCCAUGCAGCUUUGGAGGCAGUACUUCUUUACGGCUGUAUUUAAAACAAUGCUGGCUAGUUAGCUGCUGGUGAACAAUGAUUUCUUUUUGAGCCUGCCUUGAAGCUACAGAAUGUAAUGUGGAUGUUACAAAGUCCACAUUAUAAUUUGCACCUGUGUCAAAACUCUCAACUUUGUACUUAAUUGUUUUUGCUUAAAAAAAACAAGCUCAAUGUAUCUUUACAUGAUAAACAGGCCUGAAGAAACAGUUUAUAACACAGUUGUAAAAUUAACAUGUUCUGUUUAGCAAUGGCACCAAAUCUUUACUAAAAAUCCUAAUGCAGACUCUGAGUGGUUAACCUCAUUCUCAAACAAUGUUUGCUCUUUGUACAGUAAUGGUUCUGAACCUGUAACAAUUUGAAGUGAUCCAAAAGGUUCAGUGUUAAGUGUCUUUUGGUAGUUCUGGGCAUUUAGCCUUAAUGUUACUGCAUUGGACUCUGAUUCAGAGGCUUAACAAGCAUUUUAAGUUCAAGUACCUUCUACAGGUGAGUUGAAUGAUUCUGGCUGAACACACUUCCUCACACAGGAUCUCCCCUACCUCCUAUAAUGCGAACCUGUGGUCGUCAAAAUGGAACUGUAUUGGUGGUAGCUGUGGAGCAGGCUCAUGCUGAAAGCAGUCUGUCCUCCCAGCUAUAGUGUGUGUAGCAGAGGGAUGGGAGUUGUUGAGGGCAUCACAAAGCUUGAGAAGGAGAAUGAUGUUCUAAUAUUAUUGGGGAGAGAUAUUUGUAAAUCCUGCCUAAGAUUAAACUCAACAUGGCACUGUUCGAAAGUUCCAGCUGUUUAGGAAGCUUUUGGGAAUAAUAAUUGAGUUUAUGAAAUGUAACUUUUGCAUUGCAUAUAUCCUACAUAGUUUUGACAGUUAAUGGAAUGGACUGGUAUUAGAGUUUUUUAACAUCUAUAUAUCUGUAUUUUCUAAUGUUGCCACACUUUCCAGUUCUAGCCUUAGUCCUUGAAUGAGACUGUAGGACAGCUAACAAUUGAAAGGCUACAUUAAAGUGGUAAUGUUGGAGUUUUGCUUGAGCUGUUAGAGUGCCUCCUACUCCUAGAACAUUUCAGCAUUGAAUGCAUUCCUGGAGGAUGAUCUCUCCUGUGGUUUACAAUCCCCUCAGUGUGGUGACGAGAGACAUACAGACAUUCAAAAAGCAAAAAAUAAAACCGAGAAAACAUUUACAGUUUGGGGCAUUGUGACAUCCCUCACUUGAACACAGCAAUGCUGCAAGUAGCUGCAAAAACAUGAUCCUGCUACCCUAUUUUGUAGCUUGCCCAUAGCUCAGACCCUCUAAACUAAUCACAUGUUGCCUUAACUGCAAGGUAGUUCAGGGUUAGAUUAGAAACAUUAACUUACUUCCUUCCUCCACAGAUUCCUUCAGUUUUAUUUUAUCACCCUCCAGGAUUCAUAGCAUCUCGUACAGAAUAUUACUCUCCUUUAAAGCUUUCUCUGCUUCCGGAACUUCCCAGAGACUCUCAUACAUCUUUAAAGUGUUGUAUGUGGAACAUUGUGGGUUACAAGAGUUCUAAUUACAUUUGACAUUUGGUAAAUGUUUGUAUGAGGAACCUAUGCAAAUUCCAUUCCCCUCACUCUAUAAUAAAAGGUUUUUGCUGCA